AUGGCUUCUGCUUUUCUUGUUGGUCUCGGAUUGGCCACCUCCGCCUUUCUGGGCCGUGCUGGAUAUGUUGCGCUACAGCGUUAUCGAGGAGGUGUGAAUAAGGUCGGCCGCGCUUUCUACAAGGGUGGCUUCGAACCAAAAAUGACUCGUCGCGAGGCUUCGUUGAUCCUGGAACUAUCGGAGCGAACAUUGACCAAGGACAAAGUGCGCAAGAACCAUCGACAGCUCAUGCUCCUUAACCACCCCGAUCGAGGCGGAAGUCCUUAUCUGGCCACAAAGAUUAACGAGGCCAAGGAAUUGCUUGAUAAGACUCUUUGA